UUCUUAACUCUGCAAUCGAUUUGCAUUUAUUUACAAAUUUGAUUGUGGGACCCUAUCUUUCAUUACGAUUAUAGAAUACAAGUAAACAACAAACAUAAUCAAUUAUUGAUUAUGUUUAAUUGUAUUUUGUGUUUGGUUUAUAUAAUUUAACUAAUUCCUUUACAAAUAAGGGAAGGAAAUAAGAAAUAAACAAAGAACGACCAACAAAUACAUGUAAUAGUAACAUACCUAUGCAUAACUUUGACUUGCAGCACCUCCACACCAAUCCCGCCGUACUUCUCUUCAUUCAAAACUAUGCACGAUUUCCACGAAUGGUGGGAACAAAUAACAAUACAAACAAAAUUUAACCCAAAAUUUCCAGCCAAAUUCCAUCAACAAUCAGCCCAGCAAGAAUCUCCUCCAAUUACGCCGAAACAAGUCCAAAUGGACCACCUUAAUAUUCACAAAUCGCAGCAGCCUUCUUGUUUUCUUUCCCAAGUGUCAAACUUACUGGCUUCUGAUUAGGAACCUUCUGGCUUUCCUUUCCAUUUUGAUACUUAUUUCAAGGGAAACACUCUUUCAGAUUGUAACAUAACUAAACAAUAUGGUUCUACUGGAGAUUUGGUUUGUUUUCUUUGUGAGCAACCAUUUCUCAUUUGUGUCUUCUCUGAGUGAAGAAGGAUUUGCUCUGCUUUCAUUCAAGAACUCAACUUUUGAUCCUGAACGGUUCCUCCAAAACUGGAACUUCUCUGAUGCGACUCCAUGUUCUUGGAAUGGAAUCACUUGUGCAGAACAAAGAGUUGUCUCUCUCAGUAUCGCAGACAAGAAACUCUCUGGUACUCUCCAUCCUGCACUUGGAAAACUUUGGUCACUCCGCCAUUUAAGCCUUCGAAACAACAAUCUUUUCGGAAGCUUUCCAAAUGAACUCUACAACUUGGUAGAGUUACAAAGCUUGGACCUCUCACAAAAUCUCUUCAAUGGUUCUAUUCCAGAUGGGUUUGGUUCCCACUUGACAUCUCUUCAGAAUCUCAAUCUUUCCUUCAAUGUGAUCCACGGUUCGAUCCCUGCAGACUUCAGCAACUUGUACAACUUGCGAGGUACUCUUGAUUUGUCUCACAAUGUCUUUAGCGGCCCAAUCCCGCCAAGCCUAAGCAGCCUCCCUGCAACCCUUUAUAUUGAUCUCAGUUACAAUAAUCUCAGUGGCUCAAUACCACCACAAGAAGCUUUCCAGAACCUUGGACCAACAGCUUAUGUAGGGAAUGCCUUUCUAUGUGGACUUCCCCUCAAUGCUUCAUGUCCGUUCGUAAUGCCAACGUCAAACCCUGACUCGUGGUUCCAUUGCCCAUCACAUGGGAAAGGUGGAAAAUCUUGCUCCAUAAUCACAGGCUCUGCAAGUAUCAUAGUUGGUCUCUGCCUGGUUAUCCUGGUAGUAUUUUGGUGCAAGAGAGCUUAUCCUCCUAAAGGUAGUGAAAAUCUAACUGGUUGCAACUUUAGGCAGGCAUUGAUGUUUAAAACAGAGUUUUCUUGCUUUGCCAAAUAUGAAGUUGAAGCCCUACCAGAAAACAUGGAGAAUUAUAACUUUGUGCUACUGGAUCGGCAAGUCGACUUCAAUCUCGAGCAACUUUUGAAAGCCUCAGCUUAUCUUCUAGGCAAGAAUGGAAAUGGGAUUGUGUAUAAAGUGGUUCUAGAGAAAGGACUAAAGCUAGCAGUAAGAAGGUUGGAAGAUGGAGCUUAUGAAAGGUUUAAAGAGUUCCAAAGUGAAGUUGAAGCAAUAGGGAAAGUCAGACAUCCCAAUAUUGUAGCUCUUUUAGCUUAUUGCUGGUCUGUUGAAGAGAAGCUGCUCAUACAUGAGUACAUACCACAGGGAGACCUAGCCCUUGCAAUUCAUGGGAAAGCAGAAAAUUCCUACUUCAAACCACUUUCUUGGGCUGAUCGUGUGAAAAUCAUGAAAGGAAUAGCAAAGGGAUUGACAUACCUUCAUGAAUUCAGCCCAAGAAAAUAUGUCCACGGCGAUCUGAAACCAACCAACAUUCUGCUAGGCAACAACAUGGAACCCUACAUCUCAGAUUUCGGACUUGGACGACUAGCAAAUGCUGCCGGAGAUUUCACCGCCUCAUCGUCGGAGCGAACCGCCUCCACAACGCCGCGGCGCUCUCCGUUCCGAUCAAAUUCCAUGUGCUCCUCUCUGUCGAUAGGGUCAUAUUAUCAAGCACCGGAAGCGUUGAAGGCGGGAAAGCCAUCGCAGAAGUGGGAUGUUUACUCCUUCGGCGUGAUAAUUCUUGAAAUUAUGACCGGGAAGUUUCCGGUGAUUCAAGCGGGUUCGUCGGAGAUGGAGCUGGUCGAAUGGGUCGAACUUGGAAUGGAUGAAGGGAAACGGGCAUCGUGUGUAAUAGAUCUGUCAAUGUGUGAGGAAGUGGAGAAGGAAGAAGCUGCGGCGGCCAUUGAAAUAGCGGUUGCUUGCACUCGGAAGAGCCCUGAGAAGAGACCUUGUAUGAGAAUUGUUUCCGAAUGUUUGGAAAAAUUGGCAACUUCAUCGUAACUGCAAAACUUAAUUGCAAAAUGUGAAGAUGAUCUUGAUUAUUAUUGUUUCUUUUUUUAAAUAAAUAAUGAAAUAAUGUAACUUUAAAUAAA